AGCGCGUCGGCUGCGGAGUGCUGAGAGAGUGAGAGGGAGCAAGGCACACUGGCACACAGAAACGGAGGAGUCGGCUGCCAGCCAAUUCACGAUUCACGAGAUACACAGACAGACGGAGGACGAACGAACUACGACCGACCCCAAGAUUGAAGAAGUGAGGGCGAUCACAUUAUUAAGAGAAUGAAUUGAGUGAAUGCUGAUCGACGAACCAUGUAAUGGAGUGAGCGAGUGAUCCAGAUCAGAGACUUUAAGACCUACCGAUUCCAGCUUCUGCUCCAAAUUCAAUGGCUACGAAUCCUUCUCUCCUUCCUGAAAUUGGACCCGAUGGUCUCCCCAGAGAAGCCCCUGUUAUUGCCUAUACCGAGAAGAUUAUCGAGGAGGAGCAACUUCAAUUGAGAAAGUAUAUUGAAGAAAAUUAUUCUAAAAUCCGUGAUGUUGAACGAGAGCUGGCAAAUCUCUCACUGGAGUUGAAACUCACAGCUGGACCUAAGAAAGCAGCACUUGAGCACUUGCGAAAGAAAAUAGAGAUGUCAACUGAGAGAAUACGUGUUGCUAAAUUGAAGGAAGAACAAGCACGCAAGGUGUGGGAAGAAGCAUCAAAAGCAGUAAAGGAUGAGGAAGCACUAAAGCAAAAGCUCUGUGAUGAUCUAAACCAGCUGGUCCAAGAAAGUAGUGCCACUCAAUUUUAUAGACUGGAGGAAUUGAAAAAGCGACUUGAAGCUCUAAAUCCAAGCAGGGCAUCUACCUCUAGCCUGAAUCAUGAUGGAAAAUUAGUAAAACCUCCACAAAGCAUCACAGCUACUCCAGACGUUUCCUCCAGUCCUUUAAAGGAAUCAGUUGGUCAAAUAACUGAAAAUGUACCCAGUCAAAGAAAUGAUGGUAAUGUAGUACCUGCAAAGGGUCAGAAUCAACAGCCAUCUGUUGAGGAAGAAAGAAAAGGAAAGAAAAGAAGUAUGAAUCUAGGAAGAGGGAGGGGAAUUGGGGCUUAUCCCAAGGGGAGAGGAUCAUCUGGGCCUGGCUGGACUGGUGCUGGGUUUGAUGUGGAUGGCAGGACUUGAGCAAAAGGCCAUUUGAAACUGUUUUGUAAGGUUGUGUGAUGAGGAAGCCAACUUUUAUCAUCCUUGUAGGUAUUGUAUUGACCAACUAUUCUUUUUCUCCAAAAUUUUGUAACCUCUCAAUCCGUUCCAUUCUAUGUAUUCCCUUUUAACCUGUAGUAAUAAAUAUUGGAUUUGACCUGUUUGUUUAUUUGCCACUUCAGACCUGUAUAUAUUAGCAUUGAUUUUUCACUUCUUACCAAA